CCAACAGUAGGAUAUAGAACUCCAUUUCAUUUCAUUAAUCCAACAGUAGGAUAUAGAACUCCAUUUCAUUUCAUUAGUCCAACAGUAGGAUAUAGAACUCCCUUUCAUUUCAUUAGUCCAACAGUAGGAUAUAGAACUCCAUUUCAUUUCAUUAGUCCAACAGUAGGAUAUAGAACUCCAUUUCAAUUCAUUAAUCCAACAGUAGGAUAUAGAACUCCAUUUCAUUUCAUUAAUCCAACAGUAGGAUAUAGAACUCCAUUUCAUUUCAUUAAUCCAACAGUAGGAUAUAGAACUCCAUUUCAUUUCAUUAGUCCAACAGUA